CAACACCCGGACUUCCGCUUUUUCUCAUGACAAUGUUUUCGGGCUCAAUGAUCAGUUUAUCCCUACAGUCCGAAGACUAGAUACGGAUUUUACUGUAAUCGGGCCUCAAUUCUUGAUUGUUAACAGUACUGGGGACAUCACCGACCUUACAGAAGACUGAACAGAUCUAUCAUCAUUCAGGUUGACGUGUCUGACACUGCCACGUCAUCUCCGGACAGGGGAAUUCCGUGACAGGUCGCAGCCCUACGUGCUUUUGAGAGAAGGACCCUAUGCGACCAUGGAUAUAUUCACAGUAGCCACAGCCGUUACAGCUCUAUGUGCAGUAGUUACCGUAGUCUAUUUCGUCUCUCAUCACCUGACUACACAAUCGUCGUCUUGGCCCAAGACUAAGCAACCUUUGGCUUACAUUCGAAAAGUGAUGCCAAAGAAAACAAAGCUACACCUGCCACUAAACUCUCUCAACGACUUCAUACCGGUUGGGGAAGCGACAGCGGUUCAUGACGUGGCACAAUUCUUCACUGUUCGUGGGAACGAGUUUUCUGUUUACAGUAUAGACUGGGAACAAGACGUGUUGGUGCUGAUCCGACCCGUGGAUGGUGUGGAUCUGAAAGCACAUCCGUUCUUUCGUGAGGCCCAGAGACGGAAAGCAGCCGAGAUUCUCUGUGUUCCCUUGGAGCUACUCCAGGACGUGGCGAGCGCUGUUGCUGACCAAGUUGCGCAUGUGCAGGAAGUCUUCAUCUUCAUGGCAGCACGAUGUGGGUCGACUCUGGUAACGCGACUUGUAGAGGCCACCUCAGUGGCACAGGCUGUGAGUGAGCCUGACGUGUUCUCCGUCAUCAACAUGACUCUCCUCCGGCUCAAGCGGUCCUAUCAACAUGGGCAGUCUCCUCCUAAACACAAGCGUCCUUCGGUUCUGUUGAAUGAGGAGUCUACCAUUGGCUUUCUGAGGAACGUCGUCACCUUGCUGAACUACAACCUCUUGACGUCAGACCCACGUCAUCGUGACGUCAUUUUCUACAAAUUUAAGCCAGACGUCAUCCUCCUUGCUGACUUGAUGGCUCGUGCCUUCCCGUCUGCCAAGACAGUCUUCAUGUACAGAAACGGCCUGGACGCCUUUGAAUCGCUCACCCGGGCCUUUCUAAAAAAUAGAUACUUGCUUUACGUGGCUGUGUUAUUAAUGGUACGUAUUGGUUUAUGGGGGCUUGUGUCCCCCGACCCUGACUACAUGCGAUGUUUCGAAGGUGACCCAAAGUUCUCGCCCGUGUGGAAACAUUACUCUGGUCUGCCCUUCAUCACGUUGUGGGUCGGUGUGACUGACUGUGCCGCCGAUCUACAGAGCAAGCAACCUGAUUAUUUCUUCCAUGCCGUCGUCUACUACUCAGCCCUCGUCAACAACAAAGAGAAGACAUUCCGUCUACUCAUGAAGAAGGUCGGCUUGAAGUGGAGUCCAGAGGACCCAGGAGAGGACAAGGAUAAGAUCAAGAGAGCAUUGGUGCAGGACAGCCAGGCAGGAACCAUUGUGUCUGCAAAAGGCAGGAGGCCCGGUGAGAAGUGGGAACCGGACGUUUCACCGCGCUGGGUGGGGCAAUGGGAACGAGAGUACUUUCAAGAAGUCUGUCGCCAUGCUGGGAACGAGAUCGCCGGGCCUGAAUUUCUCCUUCCCGACACCAUAGUGUGAAUUAGUAGUGGUCAGUUUUUUCCCGUCUGCACAAGGAAUACCUGGCCCGACCAUUCUCGAGAUGUAUAAUCCUGUGUUAUUAAAUUAAGAAAUAAAUACCUAAUCAACAAAAACCCUCAUUGAAUACAAAUUUUUAAAAUCGCUUCAAAGCGAACAAGGCUGGACUCCAGGCUAAGUUGGACUUGAACUAGUAGGUUAUGUUGUUUUUAGCUAUUUUUUUUGUUUCACUUGUUCAUAGGUAUGUGGAAUAUCAUUAUGAACAGCCAUACAAUUAAAAAAAAUUCGUUAUGGCGUUCUAAGAACCCCCUCAGAGGCCCUCUAAAAUCCAACAAUUUAUGGCUGAAAGUUGCUGAAAUUGCAAUGGCUACCCUCAAAAAUCAGAUAAAGACACAAAACUUCAUAAAGUUUCAUAUUUCCAUAAAGCAUGGAUUCUUUAGUUGUACAGAGCAAAAGUUGAAGAUGCUACAUUAAAAUUAAGAGGGUGUGCUAGGGGAUUACCUGAACCACUGAAAGCAGAUUUUGGCAACGCCUCAAGGGCUAGCCUAAUAGUAUAGCUUGCUUCCGUUUGACAAGAAUUCUCAAAAUUCCACAUACAUGUCAUGAUUUUCCACGCCUGCGUAGUUGCAUCAUCCUUUAAGGAGAGGUGGGUCUUUAUGGGGAUUUUUCGAGUUUGGGGCUAUUGUAAAUUAUAUUACACUAUGGGAGUAGGUCAUAGCAAUUUUUUGUGUAGUUGUUCGUAAACCAUGCAUAACUGUCAAAAUAUUUUGAUUGAUUGGUAAUGGUACUUUGGGUGCCACAUGGGGAUAUAUGGAAACUUGAAUGGGAAUUCUGCUGAUUAAACACAUUUUAUUGUUGCUUUUUAAUGUGAUUAAGCCGGUGCCUUCCUAAAUCACUUCGUAUAUAACUACUUUGUCGUGCAGAAUGAACUUGCCAUUAACGUCCAGUAAAUAACACACACUUUUCGUCACAUGGGUGCUUCCAGGAUUCCACAAAUGCGAUACCAUUUAAUUCACAGGGCACAUGGGUACAGGCAUUCUUCAUACAUAUGGAUAAUCAUUGAAAAAGAUCAUUGCUGCAUUCCUCACACUUGUACGAGGUUUCCCCUAUGCAAGUCCGCAUGUAUGCGGAAAUGCAGUCCGCAGGUCACGUUGGCAAACCCGAGUUCGUACUUAAACUAUAUAUAAUAGUGCAUCCGUACUGGAAAAUUAAACACAAAACUCUACAUUUAAUUUCCGCACAACAUCUUUCUUUUUCCUUUUCGUAAAAUGAUAACACUCCACAAAUUAACGUUUUACAAUACAUUUAAGAGUUUUUUUAAUAAAACUGAAAAAGAAUGUGUACUGUAUGUUAUAGUGGUUGUCGUGCUGGCUUGUACACAACUGACUUGUACUUGUCUGUGUAACAGACCCGGUUACUAGCUUUCUACGGUUUUCUGAUUUUUGCCAUAAAAAACAAUACAUGGUCCAAAAAGUGUGUUCGACUUGCUUAUUUCAUAUAGCGGAGAUCUCACAACGUCUUUAGACCAAGGUAAAUUCCCAGACUGACUCCUUGUCGUCAUCACCACCUGUCAUGCUGGUCACGUGAUUCUCCACCAAUCCACACUCUUCUCUCCACACACCUGCAAGAACCGCGCAGUAGACCUUCACCUCAGUGACGUCAUCAAUGUCGUCAUCAUCACCCUGUCCGAACCAGGAGAAACGAACCUUCUGGUUGGUUGUGACGUCAUCUCGGUGACAGAACUGGCUGUCUUCCCGCCAAUCAGCGUACAGCACGGCACAUCUCAGCUUCCUCUGCAGCCGGGGACUGACGGGUACGUGCUGGGACAGGUGGCCGCUCUCGUAGUCACUGGAAAGUU